AUUAAAUUAAAUUUUUGUGUUUAAAUGAAAAUUAAAUGUUGAAUUAACAGCGCUCUGGUAUAACAGUGCGCCCAACAGCACCGUGGCGGUGCUGUGCCGGUUGGCAUGGUGAGUUCGAACGAACGCCAGUGCGUGUGGUGGAUAAGUCAAAUGCCGGAGCAAAACACAAACAACAAGUUGUAUAAAUGUGAAAAUACAUUAAAAGUUUCUCUGAAAUUGAACGCUGAUAAUUACGCCUGAUAAACUCCCCGAUGGCCGAUAAGCGUCGGCUAAGAACAUCAUAAACCCACCCGGCAAUUAAAUACCAACCGAUAAGAUCGAGGCCCAAAAUCGGUUGGAGGAACCUAACACUGCACCACUUUCGUGGCGACUUCUCAUCUUUGGCGGAACAGAAGACCAGAACAAAAAUAAAGGAUUAAUAAUGCCGGAAUUUGUAUCAGCACGCGGCUUCAGUGAGAUGGAGAAACUCCUGAAACAGUACGAGAAUCAAAGGGAUCCCAUAUAUAUAUACCUAUUUGGAGAAAAGGACAAGCAAGGGCGCUCCUGGUGUCCCGAUUGUGUGGAAGCCGAAGAGACCAUACAGACUGCCUUCCGUACCAAUGCCCCGGAAGAAUCCCUGAUCCUGGUCGUGGAUGUGGGCAAUCGGGAGUCGUGGAUGAAUGUCAAGGAUAACAAUUUCCGGAAACCACCGUACAAAGUCGAUGGCAUUCCAGCCUUAUUACACUGGAAGGGCGUCGAACGCCUCGAUGGCGAUCAGUUAACCAAAAAGACGCUCCUAGAGCUAUUCUUCGAGGAGACAGAUCCGAAAAAUAACUGAAAUUACACUCGAAAUAAAUUCCGGCUUGAGUGAAACUCAAAA